GUGCAGGAGAACUCUCCAGCCCAGCAGGCGGGCCUGGAGCCCUACUUUGACUUCAUCAUCACCAUCGGGCACUCGCGGCUGAACAAGGAGAAUGACACUCUGAAGGCUCUGCUGAAGGCCAACGUGGAGAAGCCGGUGAAGCUGGAGGUGUUCAGUAUGAAGACCAUGAAGGUGCGCGAGGUCGAGGUGGUGCCCAGCAACAUGUGGGGCGGCCAGGGCCUGCUGGGCGCCAGCGUGCGCUUCUGCAGCUUCCGCAGGGCCAGUGAGCACGUGUGGCAUGUGCUGGACGUGGAGCCAUCGUCACCUGCUGCCCUUGCUGGCCUGCGCCCCUACACAGACUACGUGGUUGGCUCAGACCAGAUCCUCCAGGAGUCUGAGGACUUCUUCACGCUCAUUGAGUCCCACGAGGGGAAGCCCUUGAAGCUGAUGGUUUAUAACUCCGAGUCUGACUCCUGCCGGGAAGUGACUGUAACUCCCAACGCAGCCUGGGGUGGAGAGGGCAGCCUGGGGUGUGGAAUUGGCUAUGGGUAUCUACACCGGAUCCCAACGCAGUCCUCCAGCCACAAGAAGCCACCUGGUGCCCCACCACCGGAUGUGAAGCCACCUGGUGCCCCGCCACCUGAUGCCCUACCUCCUGGUGCCCCACCAUCUGAUGCCCCACCAUCUGAUGCCCCGCCACCUGGAGCCACUCCCCAGGGACCUCCUGCCUUUCCUGGCCUAGAGAUGGGUUCCAGGCAGAGUGACUACAUGGAGGCCCUGCUGCAGGCACCUGGCUCCUCCACGGAAGGACAGCUGUCCAGGCCUGGGAGUCCCAGCCGCAGUGCUGCAGACCUCGAGGGACUGCCACAUCCCAUGGAGACUCCUCUUCAGCCUCCACCUCCGGUGCAGCGAGUCAUGGACCCAGGCUUCCUGGACGUGUCGGGCAUUUCCCUCCUGGACAGCAGCAAUGCCAGCGUGUGGCCCAGCAUGCCCUCGCCCACCACGCUGACGUCCACAGCUGUCCCGACCUCAGGGCCGGAGGACGUCUGCUCCAGCAGCAGUUCCCAUGAGCGGGGCGGUGAGGCCACCUGGUCUGGGUCAGAGUUUGAGGUCUCCUUCCCAGACAGCCCAGGUGCCCAGGCCCCGCCAGACCACCUGCCCCAGCUGACUCUCCCGGACAGCCUCACCUCUGUGGCCUCGCCGGAAGACGGGCUGUCUGCUGAGCUGCUGGAAGCCCAGGCUGAGGAGGAGCCGGCCGGCACGGAGAACCCAGAUUCUGAAGCAGAGGCUGAGGGGCCGGCCAGCCAGGCCCAGGUCUCUACCCCAGAGUAACCCUGCGCUGUGACAAGGCCCCGGGCACCGUACGCAGCUCUGCCUGACCUCAGCCCCGUCCGAUCUGCUUCCUAGGCUGCAGUGUCAGGUGACCUGCAGGGACUUCCGCGGGAGUGGGCUCAGAGUGCACUGGGGCCUUGCAUUUACCCCGACUCUGAUAUCCUGGCUUUGGUGGCUUCACACUAGUUGUCUGGGGUCGAGGAGGGCUUGGGGCAACCCCAGACUAAAUGUUCCACACAAGUUAGGAUGGGAAAGGAAGGAUUCUUUGCUGCUUAGUGGGGUCAAGAAGCCACAGUGGGUGGCAGAAGGAACUGGGGCACUGGGGAGAGGUACCCCCACUCUUCAGUCCAGUGGUGCUCCCGCUCUGGUCACUGUCCAGCCUGAAGACCAGCUGAAGGAGCAGGGGUCGGUGUCAGGUAUCAGCCUAGUCGCUCUGCAGGGCUGCACAGCUCAGCCAGCCCUGUCUGUACUGGGAGGGACCCCCUGAAGCCUCGGGACACCCAGCCUUCCCCAAAUACCUAUCACCAGCUCCCCCAACCAUGCUACAUGGCCCUGUGGGCACAGCUGGCUGACACGCCAGUCAUGGGAGAGAGGCAGUGUGUGCGUCCACCUUUCCUGGGGGAGGCGGGCUGGGAACACCAGGCCCUGCGGAAGAGACUCUCCUGCCUACACCGCAGGGCUUCCGCCCCAGGGCCCACACACCGCAGGCCUCGUUCUCCCAGGGGCGGUGGCUGUCAGCUUCCGAACUUACACAGCGGGCUCUAAGUACACAACGUACACACCGAUCCAGCCUGCCCACCGGUGAACAGUUGCAGGUUUAAGUUCACCAUCCUAAGCAAGGUCUGUCACACACAGCCCCCACACCAGGGUGGAUAAGGGCCUUCUGUCUGUCCUGCAGCACACGGGGAUGCCAGAUGCCAUUCCCAGCCUGGUGCCUCUGGAGGCUAGAGCUAGGUUGGGUCCUCUGCCUGCUCAGUUCCUGCAGAAGAGACAGACUCCCUCCAGGAGGGUCUUCAUCAGCCACUGUCCUACUGCUUUGCCCGGAGUCCCUCACCUCCCACACUGCUCUUAUGUGAGCGCCAUCACUGGCCUUGUCUUCGAGUCUGCCCCUUGAAAGUCUGCUCUGGGUCUACAGACCCGCUAUAUGGAGGGAGGGCCCUGGCGCAAGCUCCAGGCACUGUGACGUUUACAGCAAGCUCCCAGCUGCGAAGUCUGCAGGACAGCGAGCGAUUGUGUCCUAGUCCGUCUGGGAGCCCCACAGCAGUCAACAUAGAAGGUGGGAAGAGAGCUGCCAUACGAUGUUCUGUGGACAGCUUCCCCCAGCUACGUGACCCAAAGUUGCCUUCACUACAAGUUUUUGUUUGUUUGUUUGUUUUUGAGAGGUUUUUGCUAAAAGG